ACCCCCACCCCCCACCGCGUCCUGGUCCCCAGCACCCGCGUGGCCUCGGCGCAGGGAGCGGCCGUCAAGAGAAGACUCAGCACCAAGCAGCCGGGAAUCUACACGUUUCUCUUCGAUAACUCCUUUGCCAGGUACACGGCAAAGAAAGUAAUGUUUUCACUUGCAAUUGAAGCGAAGGAGGAAGCAGAGGGAGAUGGAGAGCAAAUUCUGGAUAACUGAAGGGAGAAGAGAGAGAAGAGAGAAGAGAGAGAAAGAGAGAGAGAAGAGAUUGAAAGGUGAAACAGGAAAUACAAGAUGCAAUAAAGAUGAUUAUAAAGACUUACAAA